AUGGCAUCUUCCAACGCAGAGUUCUGGUCCAAAGCGGACAGCUAUGUGAUGACCACAGGAGUCCCUUUCUCUCCCGUCGUCAUCAUCAAAGCCCUGGGGACUCGUCUCCAUACUGCAGAUGGCAAGCAGAUUCUCGAUUUUACCUCGGGACAGAUGAGCUCUCUUCUCGGCCACUCUCAUCCAGAGGUUGUUGAGGUGGUCAAGCACUAUGUCUCGGAGCUGGAUCAUCUCCUCAGCAACAUGAUCACGCACCCUGUGGUCAAUCUAGCUGAGAGACUAUCCAAGUUCUUGCCUAGCCCCCUGCAAAAGUCAUUCUUCCUCAACACUGGCUCCGAGUCAACAGAGGCUGCCAUCAAGAUUGCCAAAUGCUAUACCGGCAAGUUCGAGAUCGUGGCCUUCUCAGCUAGUUAUCAUGGCUUGACCCAGGGUGCCGGCUCUGCCACAUACUCUGCAGGUCGCCGACGCGGCGGUCCUUCUAUGCCAGGAUCCCUGGCCUUCCCUGCUCCAUAUGGUUACCGAUCUCCGUUCCGAAAGCCCGAUGGCUCUUGGGACUGGGAGACUGAGCUAGACUUUGGCUGGUCCCUCAUUGAUCGACAGAGCGUCGGUUCCCUUGCAGCCUUCAUUAUGGAGCCCAUCCUUUCUACCGGCGGUAUUCUUGAUCUUCCAAAGGAUUACUUGAAGCGUAUGCAAGACGAGUGCAGAAAGCGCGACAUGUUGAUCAUCAUGGAUGAGGCCCAGACUGGAGUUGGUCGAACCGGCAAGAUGUUCGCUUUUGAGCAUGAAGAAGGCGUAGUGCCUGAUAUCCUUGCGCUAUCCAAGACGCUGGGUUGCGGUCUCCCCCUGGCCUCGGUCAGCACAACAGCCGAGAUUGAGCGUGGCUGCAAGGAAGCUGGGUUCCUGUGGCUCACCACUCACCUCAACGAUCCUCUGACCGCCGCCGUCGGCGACAAGGUCCUGGAGAUUGUCGAACGCGACAAUAUUUGCCAGCGGGCCAAUGAACGAGGCCAGCAGCUUCGUGCUGGUCUUGAGAAGCUUCAGCAGAAAUAUUGGUGCAUCGGAGAUCUCCGAGGCCGAGGGCUCUUGCAGGGUAUUGAGAUCAUUUCUGACCCAUCAACUAAGGCCCCAGGUGCCGAUCUGGGCCAGGCUGUCUCUGAUAAAGCGAUGGAGCUGGGUCUGUCCUGCAAUGUUGUCAACUUGCCCGGUAUGGGUGGUGUGUUCCGUCUGGCACCUGCUGUCACCGUCACGGCUGAGGAGAUUGAGCAAGGCUUGAAUAUUUUGGACAAGUCUUUUGGUGCUGUGUUGGACUUGCGCGGUCAGAUGACAGCUGCUGCCUGA